UACGACCGAGUGCAAGCCCUGUGCAACAACGACACACCCUAAACAAGAGUAACAAACAACAAUAAGAACAGAGGUACAAACACGGCAUGAACAGGAGCCCAAGGCAGGAGAAAUACACACACGUCCCAGGACCAGGACCAGGACUAGGACUAGGACCAGGAACAGGAACAGGAACAGCAACAGGAACAGGAACAGCAACAGGAACAGGAACAGGUCCAGUAUUUGGCAUAAGAGUCAAACGGGAAACACCACGAAAGAUCAAAGCACGAUAUCAUCGCAAUAAGCACAUGGAAGAUUCGUCUCCCCUUUGCCUUUUCCCCUCUUUCCUUUUCCUCUUCCUCACCGCCGUAACUCGUCCCGCUGCCUCGACUUUUCCCAUCUGCUCUAACUCGUCUCCUCUUCCUCUUCUUCUUCCUCUUCUUCUUCUUCCUCCUCUUCUUCUUCUCCUCCCACAUUGUGAAUCCUUCUUCUGCCUCUCUUACCUCUCCUUCUCUCACCCUUCCUUUUCCUUAUCUUACCCCUGAUUCUUUCUUUGUGCCAACCUCUUUAUCCAUCCGACACUUCGCGUACCAUCUGCUCAGGGCAACUGUACCGGCAACGCUACUGCGAAUAACAACAUUUACCGAUAACGGCCAGACACACAACCUUAACAUCCUCAAGGACGAGGGCAAGAACGCCAUCUGCUUUAGUUUCUACGCCCUGCCCUCACUGUUUUGAGCUCCCUCCUCUCCGUGCGACAUCGGCAACCGUACGACUUAACACAAACGUCCGCUCAG